AAUCUGCUGUUGAACUCCAGUUGAUCUCCAGCUGAUCUCCAGCUGAUCUCCAGUUGAUCUCCAGUUGAUCUCCAGCUGAUCUCCAGUUGAUCUCCAGCUGAUCUCCAGUUGAUCUCCAGCUGAUCUCCAGCUGAAAUUCUCCUUGUGCUUCAGCAUCAACGUCAGGAUGGCAGCGGCGGCUGAACCAGUGUCUGAGCUGAGGGUUGUUCUGCUGGGGAGCAGCUGGAGUCAGAGGAACUCAGUGGAGAACUUCAUACUGGAACACAGCGUAUUCAACACAAAACCUCUCAGCUGCACCAGAAACACCAGCCAGUUUAGAAACAAACCUGUAACAGUCAUCAACACUCCAGAUCUGUUGAGUCCUACAGAGGACAAACUGAACAAGUUUCUGAAACACUGUGCGAGAGUCUCUGAUCCUGGACCUCAUGUGUUCGUGUUGGUCCUAAAACCUGAAGACUUCAAUGAGGAACACAAAGAGACGCUCUGCAGAAUCCUUGAAACUUACAACGAUCAGUCAUUUGAUCAAUGCCUAAUACUGGUUACACCCAGAGAGGAGAGCUCCGGCUUGAGGGAAAGCCACAUGGAAAAUCCAACAUUGAAGGAGAUGAUCAGAAAAUGCAGAUACAGACACCUGGAGAUGAGUGAAAUGAGCCGUUCAGAGCUGCUAACAUGCUUGGGUCAAGUUGCAAAAGAGAAAGACGGAAAACAUCUGACCUAUGGAGUAUUUGAAGAAACAACUUCACCAGGUAGAGGAAUGUUUUCUCCAAUGUCACUACUUUGGGAAAACUCUCCAUCUGAACCGUCUGAACUUAGGAUUGUGCUGUUGGGGACAAGUGAGGUCAAAAAGAAGAAACUUGUUGAUUUUAUCGUCCAGUCUCAAGAUUUCCAAUCAAAACAAGUCAUAGAUGUUUGGACUCAAAAAUCAUCAAGUUGUGUAGCCUCUGGAGAGUGGAGAGGGAAACCAGUAACAGUAGUGAACACACCAGGCAUGUUCAUCUUAUCUGAGGAUAAAAUAAGAAGAGAGGUGGAUUGUUGUAUGGAGCUCUGUUCUCCAGGACCAAAUGUUCUGUUGCUGUUUGUGAACACGUCUAAUUUCUCUGAAGAGAACAGACAAAAGCUGAAGUUCAUCAUGAACCUAUUCGGGCAAGAUUCCCUCCAACAUUCAAUGGUCAUCAUGACACAUAGAAAUGACAUGAGCGUCAGUGAACUCCUGGAAGAUUGUGAGGGAAGACACCACUACCUGUUUGCAGAUAACAAGGAAUCACUGAUGGAGAAGAUUGAAAAAACAGCAAAGAAACUCAUACAAACCUCCACGACUGAAGAGCAACAAAUUAAACCAGUUUUAAACCUGGUUCUGUUUGGGAGACAAGGAGCAGGGAAAACCUCGGCAGCCAAGGCCAUUUUAGGUCGGAGAGAUCUUCGUUCAGUCUCCAACUCACCAGAGUGUGUCCAGAAUCAAGGAGAGGUGUGUGGACGUCAGGUUUCCCUGGUGGAGCUGCCUGCCUUGGGUGGAAAACCUCCAGAGGAAGUGAUGGAGGAAUCAUUCAAGUGUGUCUCCCUGUGUGAACCUGAGGGCGUCCACGCCUUCGUCCUGGUCCUACCUGUGGGUCCACUCACCGAUGAGGACAAGAGGGAGCUGCAGACCAUCCAGAACACCUUCAGCUCUCGAGUCAAUGACUUCACCAUGAUUCUGUUCACCGUGGACUCAGAUCCCACCCUUCCAGAUGUUGUUAACUUCGUGGAAAAGAGCGAAGACUUCCAGGAGCUCCGUCAGAGCUGUGGAGGGAGAUCUCUCAUCUUCAACAUUAAGAGUAAUCAGCAGGUCCCAGAGCUGCUGGAUGCUGUUGAAAAGAUGAACCAACUCCAAAACUUCUGCAGUUACUCAGCAGAAACAUUCAUGAAGGCCCAAAUAGAAAGAGUCGUACAAGAAGAGAGAGACAACACUGCACUGAGAGCUGAAGUAAAGGAGCUGAAAGAAGCACAGAUGUGUGAUGAAGAGCAGCAGAGCUCAGACUGUCUCAGGAUGGUUCUGAUUGGGAAGACCGGCUGUGGAAAAAGCUCCUCAGGAAACACCAUUUUAGGAAGAAAAGCGUUUAAAGCUGAAUUAAAGCAAACUUCAGUCACCAAACUCUGUAAGAAAGAAGUGGGUGAAGUGGACGGUCGUGCUGUUGCUGUGGUCGACACUCCCGGUCUGUUUGACUCGACUCUGUCACUUGACGAGGUCAACGAGGAAAUGCUGAAGUGCAUCAGUCUUGUGUCUCCAGGACCCCACGUCUUCCUGGUGGUGGUGCAGAUCGGCAGAUUAACCCCCGAGGACAAGGACACACUCAAACUCCUCAGGGAAGCUUUUGGCAAGAAUUCAGAACAGUUCACCAUCAUCCUUUUUACAUAUGGUGACGCAUUAGAACAUGAAGAAAGAUCUGUUGAAGAUUACAUCAGAGAGGAUGACUCAUUGCAGAAGCUGAUCAAUGACUGUGGAGGAAGGUACCACGUGUUCAAUAACUAUGAUAAAAACAAUCAUCAACAGGUCAGAGAUCUGAUAAGAAAGACUGAUGACAUGUUGAAGAGAAGCAAUGGCAACUACUACACCAAUGAGAUGCUGCAAGAAGCUGAAGCAGCAAUAAAGAAGGAGAUGGACAGAAUCCUGCAGGAGAAGGAAGAAGAAAUACGGAGAGAAAAGGAGGAACUCAAACAAAAACAUGAAGAAGAAAUGCAAGAAAUGAAAAGAAAAAUGGAAGAAGAGAGAGAAAAACUACAACAACAAACUGAGCUGAAACUCAAGGAAAUGAAGGAAAAUAUAAAUAAAGAGCAAGAAGAGAAAAAAAGGGAACAGGAAGAGAGGGAAGAGGAGAAGAGGAAAAGGGAACGUAGUGACGAAGAACAUCGCCAGAGAUUCAAUAGACAGCUUGAAAUGUUGAACAAACAAAUUCAGUCAGAAAAAGAGGAAAAGAAAAGCGUUAGCAGAGAGUUGGAACAGACCCGGGAAAAGUGGAGAAAGGAUAAGGAGGAUUUUGAGAAAGAAUGUAAAGAAUUGUGGGAAAAACGGAGGAAAGAAGAUGAAGAGAGACGACAGAAGGAGCAGAAACGACUGGAAGAACUCAAGGAUCAAUACAAGAAGGAGAAAGAAAUGUAUGAAAAGACAAUGGAGGAGGAAAACAUCAGAAGAGAAAAGGUGUGGAACGUCGCAGCAGGAAUAGCAGCAGGAGUAGGAGCAGCAGCAGCAGCAGCACAAGCAGGAGUGGGAUUAGCAGCGGCAGCAGGAGUGGGAGCAGCAGCAGCAGUAGGAGUGGGAGCAGCAAGAUUAGUAGUAGCAGCAGGAGUGGGAGCAGCAAGAUUAGUAGUAGCAGCAGCAAGAUUAGUAGUAGCAGCAGUAGGAUUAUUAGCAGUACUAGGAGUAGCAGCAGCAGCAGGAGUGGGAGCAGCAGCAGCAGCAGGAGUGGGAGCAGCAAGAUUAGUAGUAGCAGCAGGAGUGGGAGCAGCAAGAUUAGUAGUAGCAGCAGGAGUGGGAGCAGCAAGAUUAGUAGUAGCAGCAGCAAGAUUAGUAGUAGCAGCAGGAGUGGGAGCAGCAAGAUUAGUAGUAGCAGCAGCAAGAUUAGUAGUAGCAGCAGGAGUGGGAGCAGCAAGAUUAGUAGUAGCAGCAGGAGUGGGAGCAGCAAGAUUAGUAGUAGCAGCAGGAGUGGGAGCAGCAAGAUUAGUAGUAGCAGCAGCAAGAUUAGUAGUAGCAGCAGCAGGAUGAGUAGGAGCAGCAGUAGGAUUAGCAGUAGUAAUAGGAGUAGCAGGAGGAGCAGGAGGAGCAGGAGCAGCAGGAGGAGCAGGAGGAGCAGGAGGAGCAGGAGCAGCAGGAGGAGCAGGAGGAGCAGGAGCAGCAGGAGGAGCAGGAGUAGCAGGAGUAGUAGGAGGAGCAGGAGUAGUAGGAGGAGCAGGAGGAGCAGCAGGAGGAGCAGCAGGAGGAACAGCAGGAGGAGCAGGAGUAGCAGGAGGAGCAGGAGGAGCAGGAGGAGCAGGCGCAGCAGGAGGAGCAGGAGUAGUAGGAGGAGCAGGAGGAGCAGCAGGAGGAGCAGCAGGAGGAGCAGGAGUAGCAGGAGCAGCAGGAGGAGCAGGAGUAGCAGGAGCAGCAGGAGGAGCAAGAACAGUAAAGCGGUUGUGGGACGUCAGGCAUUAAAAACUAAGUCAAAGUAACUUGCAUGUCAAUCCAUGAGUUUUAUUUCAUAAAGUUUGGUCAAAUCCACAUGAUCUAACUUCAGAAAUGAAGGUGUCAGUUCAGACAAGAUUAUCAAUAAUGUUUUUCUCUUCAACUAACGAGGAGCAUGAUAUUUAUGUCAAAGAAAUCAAAUGUUUAAUCUGAUGUAAACACAAAUAUGAUUGAAGCUGAGCAGAUGAAUCAAUAAUAAAAUGCAUACAUUUAAAAUGAAGCAUACAUAAUAAAUAUAUAACAUAUAUUACAUAAUUAUAACUAUCCCUCUCAACAUGUAUGUAG